AUGAGUGGCACUAAUUCUUUCAACUGGGGUGAAGAAAAAAAGAGAUCUUCCCUUGAAGAGCAAAUCGAUCCAAGCUUUAGCAGACAACAAGAAGCUACUAUUCACCAUCUAAAUCAAUUACAACCUCAACAACAUCAAAUUGGACAACAACAUGUUGUUCCAGCUCAACAACAAAGUCAAUCACAAGGUUUAGGUGAAGAAGGAUUUGACGUUGCUGCUGCUGCAGUUGCCGCUUCGAAUGACAGUCCACAUCCACAAACCUCUGAAGCUAAAUCACCAGAAACUAGUUCCAACCCAUUGACUCGUAAUGGUAGACCAUUAUCCAACACCAAGAGAGCUGCUCAAAACAGAAGUGCCCAAAGAGCUUUUAGACAACGUAAAGAUGCUUACAUCAAGGAUCUGGAAGAAAAAGUUAAAGAAGUCGAUGCUUUGAAACAAACAAUUGAAACAUUGAAACAAGAAAACAUUCAAUUGAAGGACUACAGUUUAGCCUUACAAGCUAAAUUAAUUGAACAACCAGAUGUUCAAGCUCCACCAGUUGUCUUUUCAACUAGAGGUGGUAACAAGAAAGAUUAG